AUGGCAAGACUCCAUCCCAUGCUGGUUGCCUGCGGGUCGGCGCUUAUAAUCGACUGCUGCUCCAAUGUCAUUGCCCAACGACUCAAGGCGUGGAGUGACGGGGAGCCCUUCGUCUUCGAUCGCGUGCUCUUCUUCCAGUUCGCCUUCAUGGUCGUUCUUACUGCGCCUGUAAACUACCACUGGCAGCAUUGGCUUGAACGCACCUUCCCCGGCUGGAAGACCGUCAAGCGGACAAGGCAUGCUACGAGCGAAGACGGCGAUGCUGCGGAGAAGGCUGUCUUCCUGAAAGAGGACGGAGAGGAUAAGCGCAUGGUUGAGGAGGAUGUUCAGGAGCGUAAUUGGUUCAACAUCUUCAAGAAAUGGUUCACAGAUUGCAUUACCAUGGGUGCACUCUUGAACCAGACCAUGUUCUUGAUCCUGAUAGGCCUGCUGAAAGGCAAGACGUAUGGCCAGAUUGUGCAGAGUUUCCACGAUGAGCUCUUGAAGCUCAUCUGGGACUCGUAUAAGGUCUGGCCCAUUGCCAACUUCUUCAGCACCACGUACUGCCCCGUCGAGCGACGCAUGAUCUUCCUCAGCUUCUGUGGCUUGUUAUGGAACAUUUACCUCUCUCUUGUGGCGCAACGUCUAUAA